AUGUAUGGCAAGGGCAAAGGCAUCUCGUCCUCGGCGGCGCCGUACCGCCGCAGGCCCCCGACGUGGCUGAAGAUGAAGAGCGAGGACGUCGUGGACCACAUCUGCAAGCUGGCCAAGAAGGGGCUGACCCCCUCGCAGAUCGGCGUCACGCUGCGCGACAGCUUCGGCGUCCCGCAGGUGAGGUACGUGUCCGGGAACAAGAUCCUGCGCAUCCUGAAGCUCAACGGGAUGGCCCCGGAGCUGCCGGAGGACCUGUACUACCUGAUCAAGAAGGCCGUGGCCAUCCGCAAGCACUUGGACAAGAACCGCAAGGACAAGGACUCCAAGUUUCGCCUCAUCCUCGUGGAGAGCCGCAUCCACCGCCUGGCAAGGUACUACAAGCGCGUGAAGUCGCUGCCGGCCACGUGGAGGUACGUCUCGGCCACGGCGUCCACGCUCGUGGCCUGCGCGGGGGGAGGGGGGGGUUUAGGGGGAGGGGCGAGGGAGUCAGGGGCGAGGGAGUCAGGGGCGAGGGGGGGGGCGGCGGGGGGGGAGAUUUUCGGGGGGGGGGCGACGGGGUCAGGGGGAGGGGGCGAGGGAGGUGGGGGCGCCCAGACCUCCUCGCGGCGUGGCGCAAUCACGGCGGGAGGCUUCCAGCUAACUAUGUUUGGAUUUUGGCCCUCAGCGGGCCCCGGGGUCGUCAGAAAGAUGGUUUGGGACAAAAGGGCUGGCCCAGGCACAUCCAGGCCUCUGGAGGUCGCCGUUGUGAAGAAAUUCCGCUUACAUACGUCGUGA